AGAAUUUUGUAUAUAAAUUCGCGAAGUAACAGUUUCUUGAAAAGAUCAAACGUUUCUAUAGACGCACAUAUGUUUUUUAGUUAGCGAAGAUCCCAGUAGAGAUCAGGAACAGAUUCUCUCAGCCCGCAUCCCGUCGAGACGGAAUAUCAUUGAGAAUAACGCCGAUCAUAUAUUCAGUUGUUGCCGGUCGCUCGGUAAAAUCGGCUCGCGUUUCUAACUGUACCGCAGCAGCCGCGAUAAGAACGACAUGAGUGUAUUACCUUUAUUUUAUAAAGUGUACGUCAACUCCUUUCAUUAGUCAAAGUGACAAAUCACGUUGGAGCACGUUUUCUUCAAAGGCUCUUCACCGCUUUCUUUCGAGACAACACGUAUUUACUUUUAGAAAUAUGUUCGACGUGAGAUAACAACGACGAUAAUGAAAACGUUCAUGAUAACAGUGCGGCUAGUCGCGUGAGAAGAAAACAUCAGCAUCGUUAAUCAGUUUCUAACGCAAAAGGAAAUAAGUGAUAGAAAAACAAAUCAUAACAGAAGAACAACUACAGAGACUGAUUGAUAACUAUCGAAGAUGUCGGUCUCUUUGUUUGUUAAGACGUGCGUCAUCGCACUACUAAUAUUCGCAAAUGAAGUUUUUAUGAAUCCCAUCUUACGUGAAGACGACAAGUUUACUCUUCGAAUCGUUCACACAAAUGAUAUGCAUGCGAGAUUUGAAGAAACGUCGCAAUUAUCGACGGCGUGUACACCGCAGGAUUCCAAAGCCGGGAAGUGUUACGGAGGUUUUGCUAGAAUCGCGACUCUCGUCCGCCAAGCGAGAUCGGAAUCACCUUCGACAUUAUUCUUGAACGCCGGUGACACUUACCAAGGAACCGCGUGGUACAAUGUAUACAAAUGGAGAGCGGUGUCUGUGUUCCUGAAUCUCUUGGCGCCGGAUGCUAUAAGUUUAGGCAAUCACGAGUUUGACGACGGCGUAGCCGGUUUAAUACCAUUUAUACAAAAUGCAACAUUUCCCAUCGUAACGGCGAAUCUGGACCUCAGCGAGCAGCCCGAUCUGGCCGCGACGAACUUGAAAAACAGCACGGUUCUUGAAGUUAACGGCAGAAAGAUCGGCGUAAUUGGUUACCUGACGCCGGAAACGAAGAUUCUGUCGACCACCGAAAAAGUGAUCUUCAAGGACGAAGUGGAAGCUAUUCGAAAAGAAGUGACGAAACUGAGAGAACAAGGCGUCGACAUUCUUAUCGCUCUCGGACACUCCGGUUUCGAAACGGAUAAGAGGAUCGCCAGAGAGGUCGAGAACAUCGAUCUGGUAAUCGGCGGUCACACCAAUACCUUUCUGUAUCGUGGUCGACAACCCGAUGUCGAAGUACCGGAAGGUUUUUAUCCAACCGAGGUGAGACAAAAGAACGGAAGAAAAGUCUAUGUCGUUCAGGCGUACGCGUACACUAAGUAUCUGGGCAAUUUCUCCGCGAGUUUCGACGUUAAGGGAGAAAUCACGCAUAUUGAGGGGAAUCCAAUUCUUGUCGACUCCAGUGUGAUGGAGGCGGAGGAUGUUCGGGAAAUGAUACGCUCCAUGAGAAAACCUAUUGACGAUCUGGAACACGAGGUGGUCGGAAAGACGCGAGUGUUUCUUGACGGGGAUAGUAAGAAUUGCAGACGGCGCGAAUGCAAUAUGGGAAAUUUGAUCUGCGAUGCUCUAAUUGAUCAUUAUGUCGUGGAAAAUUUGAGCGAGAACGGAUGGACGGAUGUUGCUAUUGCGGUACAGAAUAGCGGCAGCAUUAGAUCGUCCAUUACCAGAGCAAGAAACGAUGAGGUGACCCGAAGUGAUAUUAUAAGCGUCUUGCCUUUCGGAAAUGUCGUCGUUAAGGCCUCCAUGACAGGAGAGCAGAUCCUCUCGAUGUUAGAAUGGAGUGUCCAUAAUCUCAACGACACAACUUCUACCGGAAAUUUGUUUGGCGCUUACUUGCAAUACUCAGGAUUGCAGGUGGCCUAUAACAUAAGUCAACCACCAAACUCAAGAGUGGUUUCCGUUCAACUUCGAUGCGCUGCUUGUCGAGUACCGAUAUACAGCGAGCUUCAGAAAAAUGCCACCUACACCGUUCUCUUAAACGAUUUCCUCGCAAAGGGAGGAGAUGGUUUUCACAUGCUGGAGAACCUCGAAACAACGUCUUUCGGUGUCACAACAGCAGACGCGUUAGAACAAUAUUUCAAACGGCAUAGUCCGGUGUAUCCAGGUGUAGAGUGGCGGAUUGCGUACAUAGACACAGAAACAAAAAAAAACAUCUCCAAGGUUUCAAGAAGUUUUAACUCUCAUAAUUUAGGAACAACUUAUCAGCCGGCUGUUAAUGUAAUGACUCUCUUACCCAUUAUUGUUUGGUUAAUGAGACCAUAAUAGAACAAUAUUAUCAACUUAUGUAUAAUUUAUAUAAUUGAAUCACACAAGUCUUGUAAUAAAGACUAUAUACUUUUGAGCGA